AAUAUUUUAAUAAUAUUUUUGACAUUUUUUUAACUAUGUGGAGCGAAACAAAACAAAGCGGUCCUCCCACAUAUCCGGCACCAACGUCGAUUCCAACUUUUCCAGCUUUAGAAACGGUAGAAAAUUCCGAAGGAUGGCUUAUGAGGAAUCAUCGAAAUAAACCUCAAUCAAAUUCUGCUGGAGCAGCGGCUUUGGUGUUUAUAUCCGGAGGAAUGUUCUUGGCGGAUCAGGGUAGUCCCGAAUACUUUACUGGCAAACAUAUAUCCUUGAGCUGGUUUAUUGGCGCUAUAAUAGGAGCCGUUAUAGGGUCAGUGCUCUGCAAUAAAAUGUACAAGAAAUUGAUAACCUGUUUUGCUUCGCUCUUGGUUACAAUAUCUGGUAUACUACUAAUUGCAGAUUCCAAUUCGUAUAGCGCAAUGCUUGCUGCACGCUAUCUGAAUGGCAUAGCCUUGGGCCUGGUCUUCCCCUUAACAGUGGUCAUGAUAAGUGAAGAAUCAGUGAAAUACAUGCGUGGAAUGAACGCAGCUGCAAUGGUCUCAUUCUGCUUUAGUCUAGGUGUAUUUAUUCAGAUCUUAUAUAUGUAUAAUUGGCAGGAUAUGUUUGACGCGUCACAAAUGAUGGGCACUAUCGAAACUAUUUGGGGCAUCUCGGGUUUUGUUUUAGCUUUUUUCCUACAACUGGAGUCGCCCGUAUUUUAUUUGCAGCGUGGCCAAGAAGAGAUGGCCAUAGAUGCUUUACGACGCUUGCAGAGACCGUUUACCAUAACGCAAGAAACCUAUGAACAAUUAGAAGAGCAUAAACGUUAUGUGGCUGAAAGUACAGAAGUUACUCUAUUGCAAAGUGCCCUUAUUGGUUUGCCAGCGUUGAUCAAGCUGUGCUUCUAUCGCGUUUUUACGACAGCCAGCUAUUCAUUUUACUCAUUUUUUGCAUUUUCUUAUGCCAGCAGCGUAGUAUACGAACCCGAUACUUUCUGGCCUUCCUUAGUAUAUGGAUUGUGUGCUUGGCUUGGGCCAAUGGUGGUUAUGUUCACCUUAGAUUUGAAGGGGCGUAAACCACCAAUGAUUGUGGGAUUUUUCUUCACAUGCUGUAUUGCAUCUACCCUGGGCGGUCUCUUAAAUGAUUCCCAAAAUAUAAGAGAUAAGGAUGUAAUGACAGCUGUCAUGUACCUAUUGAUGGCCUAUCAGUUCUUUGCGGGCUUGUCCACGGCAUCUUCAGCCGUUUACCUCACCGAGGCCUUUCCAUUGGCGGUAAAAUCGUUCUAUGUGUCCAUUGCCUUCAUAGUGGAAAUGGCCGUUCAUAUUGUAAUCAUUGCGGUCCGCUCAGAACCUUGGCGGUCUAAUGUGUAUGACCUGUCCGAUUACUUUUACAUAGUCGGGGCACUGUCGUUGGUCUUUUUCGCAUUGGCUAUUGUUGCCAUGCCUGAAACGAAAAAUGAUACACUGCGCGAAUGCCUGAAAAAGUUUCGAAAAAUAUUAAAUUAUAAAACAUAUUAAAAACAAAAUUUUUGCUUAUAUUUGUAUAUGCCAAAUUGUAUGGUCUAUCAUUAAAAGCGUAUGUCUUGUAGUUUUAUUCUUUUUUUUCUCGUGUAUGGAAAGAAUAUUUGGAAGGAAAUAAAAAGAUAAUAUGGAUGAGAAUUGGUAUUUACUUGUAUUUCUAGUACAAGAUGAAAUCUUAUACAUUAUAGUAAUAGAUUGAUGUACAAU